AUGGGGGGAGUGGUUGGGCCUGCGGCUGGUUACCCCUCGCAGUGGCUGGAUGUGCGCUUCCAGGUUCCGGCUCCUGCUACUGCCACUGCCUUCCCGCCUCCUCCUGCAGUGGCUGCACCGUCAGCUCUCUCUGCUCCACUUGUUGUGGCUGCACCGCCAACUCUCUCAGCUCCUGCUCUCGCGGUUCGUGAAUCACGCGUGCUGCAUCCUGUCGCACAAACAGCGCCUGCACCGUCGCCACUCGUCCAGUAUGUCGUCGCGGGCUCGGCGCCAGUGACAGCUGUGGACGCCGGCCCCGAUUCGGCCCACAAGGUGUUCCCCGAGUCUGCACCGCUUCCACAAGCGGCGCCUCCCUCCGAGACGAAGGGAAUCCGCGCGAAGUCUGAGAAUCGCGCCGCUGCCGUGGGGGGCAAAGCGACGUUUCAUUGGGGUCGCGAUUCUCCGUGUCGCCGCCCCUCCCCAUCGUAUCGAUCUGCACAUUGUGGCGGCCAUGGCGGCUGGAGGGGAGGUCACGGACGCGACCGUGAUGGCGUGAAUGAAGUAAAGCACUUGCGUCCCGACCUGCCGGGGAUGCUAGCUACUGCAAUGCGCUCGGUGCAGGUUGGGUCGUCGAGCCACAUCGGCUGGCAGUCUCUGCGCGCUGCUCCGAUAGCCCCUCCGCCCGUGUACGAGCACUUUCCGGCUCCUGCACCUGUUGCCCGUCCUGUGGCUGCUGUCCGGUAUCCCGACCUGCCGUGGAUCCCUCCUGUUGCGGGCAUGGGAUUUGUGGGAGUGGGAGGAGGAGAGGCGAGGGUGUCGUUCGUCCCCCCUCGUCUUGCUGCUACAGUUCCCCCUGCGGCGCCUCCUCCCUCUCUUCCUGAUCCUGGUGUUGGGGUGUUUGCGCCACAGGUGCAAGUGCCCACGACGGCGCUUGCGCAGCUGUGGCGCUUGGUGGUGUUAUAG